GCAACAAGUUUUAUUUGUAAUUGGCGCAAUUUUCCCAAGACAGCGAAAUUAUGCAAGCUUUAUUUGUGAAACUUAUUAUUCAAUUGGUGCAAUAUUCCCAAGACAACGAGAUUAUGCAAGCUUUAUUUGUAAUACUUACUUUGAUUAUUUUGCUUUACUUGAUUUUUCCAUAACAAGUUCUAUAGUGAAACUUAUUAUUUGGUUGCCGCAUUUUUCCCAAGACAACGAAAUUAUGCAAGCUUUAUUUGUAAAACUUACUUAUCCAAUUGGUGCAAUAUUCCCAAGACAACGAGAUAAUGCAAGCUUUAUUUGUGAAUCUUACUAUUCAAUUGGUGCAAUUUUUCCAUAA